UUCCCCUCGAGAUAACCUUUUUACUCUACCUUUAUCAAAUAUUAAGAAUAUGCUAACAAAGGCUAGUAAUUUAAAGACAAGCGUAAACCCAGUUCAACUAUACAGAGCAAAAUAUCUUUUAAGGAAAUUCACAGUUCUUCAAGUUCCAAUUUUAUCGGAUAAUUAUGCUCAUGUGCUGGUUGAUAACAAAGCCCGGUGCAUCCUAGCUGUGGAUCCUGCCGAUCCGGUGAAUGUCCUUAAAUCAGUUUAUUCAAAAUAUGAAAAAAGUUUUGCUUUUACUUCCGUUUUACUCACCCACAAGCAUUCUGAUCACACUGCGGGUAACAAAUAUUUUUAUAAUCACUUUUCGAAGUUAGAUAUUAUUGGUUCAAAGUAUGAAAUCUGCCCAUACGCCACUAAGACGGUUGGAGACGGCGAUGUGUUACAGUUUGGGGAAGCUACUCUUCGGGUACUGCACGUACCAGGUCAUACCAAGGGGCACUUAGCUUUUUUCGUAACAACUCCGUCUUCCUCGAAUCCACCAAUCCUCUUCAGCGGAGAUACCCUCUUCGUUGGAGGAUGUGGUAAAAUUUUCGAAGGAACAGCGAAAGAUAUGUACUACUCGCUCAAAAUAUUAACGAAUUUACCACCGGAAACGCUUGUGUACUGCGGUCACGAGUAUACACUAUCUAAUUUAAGAUUUGCCUUAACUGUGGAACCGAAUAAUGAGAAGUUAAAAAGUAAACUGAAAUGGACCAUCCAACAAUUAAACAAUCAAAGAUCCACAGUCCCAUCUACGAUAGGCGAGGAGCUCGAAUACAAUCCUUUUUUAAGAGUAGAAGAAGAGGAAAUAAAAGUGUCAACAGGUAAAAACUCACCAAUAGAAGUUCUGGGUGAGCUAAGAGAAAUGAAAAAUAACUUUAAAUAA